GCAUAUGGAUUUUAUUGUAUGGGGAAAAUGUUCUUUCACUACCGGUGAUGGCAGGAGAUCUGAUAGCAGAGAGAGCGCAAUAAUGCCUGACAAACUGACAUUUCCUCGGUUGAAGUGAAGUCAUAUCAGCGAACUCUCCUCUCUCACCCCCAACACCACCGGGCGUCUUUAGAGGUGCCAACAGAGAGCAGGACGGAGAGAGAGAGGGAAGUCACGGUGCUUUGUCAUUUACGUCCCUUUAUUGGACUGAGAUAUUUGCCAACUUCGCACUCGGCCAACUGACCACAUGGGCUCCUGCUCCGCGAGCGCGGAGAAGUUGGAGAACAACUGGAUGUCUGUGACAGCAGACGUGAAUAUGGAUUACAUACUCACUUGUUCAACGUGUUUGGUCUACCCAUCAGUGAUGUCUGUGACCAGGAUUAUCUCCGACAGAAGUGAGUCUUAACCAUUCUAAGGGGGGACCCAUCUGUGAUUCCCUGGACAUUCUUGAGCUGAGAAAUGAACGGCUUCCGCAGGCUCCUGCGACGCAGAUUACACCCUUGGAAAGUGGUGAUUGUGGCCCUGGUCUUUGUCACCUUCCUGUUCCUCAUCCAACGGGAGGUGAUCAGCCAGGGUCCCCAGGAGGAGCCAUGGCUGAGGGACAUAGUGGGCAAGAGGGACGCUGUGCUGGGCAUGGUCAUGGGAGCGGUCAACAACUUCAGGGAGUCCAUGCCAAAGAUGCAGAUCCGGGCCCCCGUCAGGCAACCUGAGGUGGCUGCUCCUGGGCAGUCGUCAUCAUGUCUGCCUGGCUUCUACACCGCCGCAGAGCUCAGGCCCGCGCUGGAGCGGCCCACCCAGGACCCCAGCGCCCCGGGGGCCUCGGGGAAGCCCUACCACACGGAGCACCUGGGGCCCGCGGAGCAGAAGGAGAAGGAGAAGGGGGAGGCCAAACACUGUUUCAACCUGUACGCCAGCGAUCGCAUCUCCCUCAGCCGAGACCUGGGAGCAGACACCAGGCCGCCAGAGUGUAUCGAGCAGAAGUUUAAGCGCUGCCCUCCUCUGCCGACCACCAGUGUGAUCAUUGUGUUCCACAACGAGGCCUGGAGCACGCUGCUGAGGACGGUGUACAGUGUGCUGCACACCUCGCCAGCCAUCCUCCUCAAGGAGAUCAUACUGGUGGACGACGCUAGCGAAGACGAGCGUCUGCGAGGAGAGCUGGAUGCGUACGUGAGGAGGCUGCACAUCGUGCGUGUGGUGAGGCAGGCGGAGAGGAAGGGUCUGAUCACAGCUCGCCUGCUGGGGGCCUUUGUGGCCACCGGGGACACUCUCACCUUCCUGGACGCACACUGUGAAUGCUUCCAAGGCUGGCUAGAGCCGUUGUUGGCCAGGAUAGCGGAGAACUACACUGCAGUAGUGAGCCCAGACAUCACCACCAUCCACCUGGACACGUUUGAGUUCAUGAAGCCCUCGCCGUACGGCCAGAACCACAACCGAGGCAACUUCGACUGGGGCCUGUCUUUCGGCUGGGAGACCUUACCGGACCACGAGAAGCAGAGGAGAAAAGAUGAGACCUAUCCUAUCAGAACGCCGACGUUUGCCGGAGGGCUGUUUUCCAUCUCCAAAGACUACUUCUACCACAUCGGGAGCUACGACGAGGAAAUGGAGAUCUGGGGAGGGGAAAAUAUCGAGAUGUCCUUCAGGGUGUGGCAGUGCGGGGGCAUGCUGGAGAUCAUCCCCUGCUCCAUCGUGGGCCACGUCUUCCGCACCAAGAGCCCCCACACCUUCCCCAAGGGCACGCAGGUCAUCGCCCGCAACCAGGUGCGGCUGGCCGAGGUCUGGAUGGACGGCUACAAGGAGAUCUUCUACCGACGCAACCAGCAGGCCGCGCAGAUGGCCAAAGAUGGGGCGUUUGGCGACGUCUCGCGGCGCGUGGACCUCCGACAGCGGCUGCAGUGCCAGAGCUUCUCCUGGUAUUUGAAGCACGUCUACCCCGAGGUCUUCAUGCCAGAUCUCAAUCCCCUCCACUUUGGCGCUGUGAAGAAUGUGGGCAAAGACUCGUGUCUGGAUGCCGGCGAGAACAACGAGGGGGGGAAGCAGCUGAUUAUGUACCCCUGCCACGGCAUGGGGGGCAACCAGUACUUUGAAUACUCGACGCGUCAGGAGGUGAGGCACAACGUGCAGAAGGAACUGUGUCUGCACGGCACGGAGCGCACGCUCAAGCUGGAGGAGUGCCAGUAUAAAGGCCACAGCAGCUUCGUGGGGGGAGAGCAGAAGUGGGAGCUCAAGGAGAACCAGUUGUUCUUCAACCCGGCUUGGAACCUGUGUCUGAGUGCCAGGUACGAGCACCCAUCCCUGGCGCCCUGCAACCCAGCAGAUCGCUACCAGCUCUGGCUCUUCACCUGAGCUCUCCGCCCUCCCUUUGGCACCCUCAUGGAAGACUUGGAGGACCUCUGGAGGGGGGGCAGUGCCCUAGACACUGUGGAUAAACAUUUUUGAACUCACAUGCAGAUUUUUUUCUAAUUUAUUUUUUUAAUAUUAUGAUGUUGAUUUGACUGCUGCUGGAGAGUUUGGACAUCGAGUAACAUGAACACACACACACACACACAAAUGAAGUGCCUUCUGAGAGAAGACGCCCCCAGGCUGCAAGAUGGAGCUGAACAGAACUGAACUGAACUGAAGUGAGGUGGAUUGAGGACCUGACUGACUGAAUGACUCACCCCAUGUGCCUCAUCCUCUUGCUGUCUUUUCUUUUUUUUCGUCUACCAUUUUGGACCUUCUGAAAGCACAUUGAUUGUAGCGAAGUUCACAGAGAUUUAUGAACCAGGGAGUUCAGAGCAAUGCAAAUUCCCCUCAUCAUAUUUUCAGUGUCCUACUUUUUGUGUGUGUAUUUUUAAGACGUGCCUGCCAAGAGCCAUUUAUGGUAAAAUCCCUCUUUUAAUGUGUUUAAGACUGAAUGAGUACAUCCUUUUGUAGAAGAGAAAAAAACAUUAUAAGGAUAGGAUUACAAAGCGUGGGACGUUUAAGGACGAGACAUUUCAGAUUUGAACCACUUGUUAAAAGCUAUGUGUCUAAAGCGCCAAAGAUCACUUAAGUAUUGAUAAGAGUAUUUGAUGUUGCCAUUGUUGAUGUAUAUGUGCGAUCGGGUAGAUGGGUAUUCAAAUCAUUUCCUCGCUGGUCCAGUAAAUUUCAGAGGUGAAGAUAACGUGGAAGAUUGGAGCUUAAUCAACCCCUUCAAAUUGUCCCCAGUUUUGUUCCCCUUGUUAUUAUUUGAUGGGGGGUGUAUUUGGGAAAUACAUUUUGUUACCGAUUUUGAUCCAGAGUAAACUAGUAAACUAUUUUAACAUGAA